AUGACUAUGAAACUCAUUGCUGUUCUCUUGCUGCUUUGGCUGAGUAGUUACUUUAGUAGUGGGCGCUGUGGCAAUGUGCUGGUGUGCCCCAUGGAACACAGCCACUGAAUCAAUUUAAUGACAAUCCUGGAUGUACUUGUCCAAAAUGGUCAUGGAGAGACUGUUUUGAGAUCUUCAGCUUCCAUUUUUUUUGAUACGGAGAAGGAAUCUGCUAUUAAAUUUGAGACUUAUCCUACAUCACUAUCUAGAGGCAAUUGGGAGUAUAUUUUUACAGAAGGACUCAGAAAAUUAAUUUAUGAUCUACUAAAAGAAUUAACUUGGACAUACUUUUCAAUGUUGUGAGAAAUAAUGUGAGUAGAUUUUAACUACAUUGAAAUUCUCUGUAAAGAAUUAGUGCUGAACAAGGAACUUAUGUCAAAACUACAAGAAUCAAGGUUUGACAUUCUUCUUGCAGAUGCCUUCACUCCCUGUGGUGGGCUGAUUGCUGAGCUCCUGCAUGUACCCUUUGUGUACACCCACCACGCAUUUGCUGACUACACAUAUGAAAAGUACAGUGGAGGACUUCCAUUUCCUCCUUCCUAUGUGCCUAUGGCACUGUCAGAAUUAAGUGAUCAAAUGACAGUCAUGCAGAGGGUAAAAAAUAUGAUAUUACUCUAUUUUGAUUUUUGGUUCCAAACAUUUGAUGAGAAGAAAUGGAAUCAGUUUUACAGCAAAGUACUAGGUAAGAACACCCAUACAUUAUGAGACACAAUGGAAAAGGCAGAAAUAUGGCUUAUCUGAACCUACUGGGAUUUGGAAUUCCCUCGCCCAUCCUUACCCAAUUUUGAUUUUGUUGGAGGACUCCACUGCAAACCUGCCAAACCUCUGCCUAAGGAAAUGGAAGACUUUGUGCAGAGCUCUGGAGAACAUGGUGUUGUGGUGUUUACUCUGGGGUCAAUGGUCAGGAACAUAACAGAAGAAAGAGCCAAUGUAAUUGCGUCAGCCCUUGCUCAGAUUCCACAAAAGGUAAUAUGGAGAUUUGAUGGCAAGAAACCAGAUACCCUAGGAUACAACACUAAGCUGUACAAAUGGAUCCCUCAGAAUGACCUUCUUGGUCACACCAAAACCAAAGCUUUUAUAACUCAUGGUGGAACCAAUGGCAUAUAUGAGGCAAUCUACCAUGGUGUCCCUAUGGUGGGCAUUCCUUUGUUUGGGGAUCAACCGGAUAACAUUGUUCGCAUGAAGGCCAAGGGAGCAGCUGUUAGAUUGGAUUUCAUCACAAUGUCAAGUACAGAUUUGCUCAAUGCAUUGAAGACCAUCAUUAAUGAUCCUUACUAUAAAGAGAAUGCCAUGAGGUUAUCAAGAAUUCACCAUGACCAGCCAGUGAAGCCCCUGGACCGAGCAGUCUUCUGGAUUGAGUUUGUCAUGCGCCACAAAGGGGCCAAGCACCUUCGAGUUGCAGCCCACAACCUGUCCUGGUUCCAGUACCACUCUUUAGAUGUGAUUGGGUUCCUGCUGACCUGUGUGGUCAGUCUGGUAUUCAUCAUCAUUAAAUGUUGUCUAUUUUGUUGCAGAAAGUUUACAAAAACUGGAAAAAAGAAAAAAAGGGAGUAAUUUUAUCUGUGCCUGAAGUUCGCAGUCCUGGUAGAUGGGAAUGAUGUAUUUGAAAGUUCCCCCAGUUUAUUCCAAAAAGAAGAGUUUGUGAUGAAAAAUUCCUUCCGCCUGUGCUACACAAAUUUCACAACUUACAUAACAAACUUUAAGUUUCAUAUUCAAGAUAUUAAUAAGUGGAAAAGAAGUAGAAAACUCAGGCUAUGGAUAGGGGAUGGUUGGGGAAAAAUAAAAAUAAGAAAUAUGAGUACCUGUUGGAAAUCACCACUGUAAUUUAUACCCGAAACCAAAACAUUUCAUUUAGCUGAUUCAUGAGUUAUUCAUGGACAUAACAUUAAAAAAUUCACAUAGAAUAACUAUGAUUUUGCAAAUAUCCAGCAUAUUAUAGUUUCAUCAUUUUUCUGGAGAAAAUAUGUAAUUAAAAUUUUGUGAAACAUACCAUUCUAUGUGGUUUUGGAACACCAGUAGUGCUUCUUGACUGAUUCUGUUAGAGCCACAUCAUCAUCUCCUCUUUCUCAAAGGAACUUGUCAAACAUUUAUGUUCUUCUUGCUGUGGUCAUUCCUCAAGAGAAUAUACAUAGAAUGAGAAAUGUAAGAUUUACUAAAUGCUUGUUUCUAUAAUA